CGACGUUCCGGAGACGUUCCGCAGACGUUCCGCAUCCAGUGGAAAUUGCCGGUAACACUGUGUGCCAGUCAGCACUACAGUGGCAGCCGUUAUUUGCCCCAUCCUGCACCAUAUCUCCUUUCUGUCUAGUUUUCUGGUCUACUGUGAGCUCUCUGUGGAGCUGUGCCAGGCUGACAAUAUCUGUCAGCGGUCCCAGUCAAACACAGAGACAGAUGUUGUUUUCAUUUGAUUUACUUCGGAUCUAUUCGCAUACAUUUUUGUUCAAGAGUAUAAAGCUUAUUAAAAACUGAAUUCUGCCAGUCUAGCAUACAUUAACUUGUGCAGUAUUAUCACGCAUAAGCAGUGAUCGAAGAAGUGUUCAGACUAUUUAAAUACAAAUAGCAUUAUAACAAUGUAAAUGUACCCCAUUACAUAUAAAACUCCUGAAAUCAAGAUUUUACUUCAGUAAAAGUACAAGCGUGUCAUCAGACACAUGUAUUUUUCAUGUUCUGUUCAUACUUCCCAUACAUUUCUUUUAACAGUCUAUGAUAUCUCCACUACUGCAGUUUUUCCUAGUGCUGCCUUUGCUUUAAAUGGGACAAUGCAUACAAGUUGAACAGGACAUACAGUGCAGUUCACUCAGAGAAGCAAUCAAAGCCUCUACAUGAAUGUUAUGAAGAGGAUCCCUGUGCAGCACCUGAGCAACAAUUAACCCUCCAAACAAAACCCCCACAGUUCCCUGCUUCUCUGGUCCCUGCAGGUGUGGGCGGGCCUCCUGUCACACUGGCAGAGGAGGUGGGGCAGGAGGUGUUGCCAGGUGGAGGACCAAGGCUGCACCCUUCUGCCUUCUCCAUUUUCCUCCGUCCGAAUCUGAAUUACUUCAUCUGCAGCUUCUACAGGCAGCGGGCCGAGAGGGAUCCGGCCGAGAGCCUCCAGUGUGCGGUGUCCAGAUUUAGACACUGCAGAGCGGCACUGACUGGGCUCCGGCAGGUGGUUUUGGCUGGUUGAGGAGCAGAGCAUGUUGAGUGGUUGCGGUUGCCAUGGAACAGCAGGAUAAGAAGCAGGAAGAGGAUGCUGGGACUCUGGGCCUGUCGACAGGCCAGGCUCUGGUCAAACUCCGGGACCAGCUCAGCAGCCUGCUGGAGCAGCACCAAAGGGCUGCGCGCAGACGAGCCUCUGCACAGGAACAGUGGGUGAAUAGCUUCCUUUACCAUGGCAACCGUCACUCCUGUCUCCAUUGGCCAGGAGCUGCCCUCACUCUACUGGUGGUGCUGGGACUCUUUUGUUGCCAUGGCAGCCAGCCAAAGGGCAGUUCUGGUAUAGAGUUGGUGAACGCUGCAGCCCUCCUCCUUCUCUUGCUGCUGAACGUGCUGCUGGUCGGGCGCCAGGAGCGGCUGAAGAGGUGUGAGAUGGUUCGGCGUCUCAAGGGCAUCAUCACACAGCUGAGCGACUAUCUAUCAGGGUGUGUGGCUGACGUGCGGUGGUCUCCAUCUAUGUACCCUGAUCUGUACACACCCUCGUCCACAUCAUGGUCCCUGCACUGGACCUACCGUGACUCCCAGUUGGUUAACCUGCCUGUCAGUCUGCUGGUGGAAGGAGACAUCAUUGCUCUGAGACCUGGCCAAGAGGCGUUUGCAUCCCUCAGAGGCAUUAAGGACGAUGAGCACAUUGUGUUGGAGCCAGGAGAUUUAUUCCCCCCUUUCUCCCCUCCUCCUUCCCCACUGGCCAAUGAGAAGAGAGGACCCCAGAGCCCCCAGCAGCACCGUCUCUUCAGAGUGGUACGGACUCCAGUACUGGACAUAGUCAGGAACAGUUUGGAGUUGGCGUUGGUUCGACCCAUCACAGUGCUAGAUAAUGAGAGGUUUACAGUGCAGUCGGUUAUCGCCAAGCUGGUCUGUCCAGUCGUUCUGGUGGCAUUCCUGCUAGUGAACACUGUCCGCUACUUUUGUGAUGCACCCAGCCUCACCCCCGCCUGCUUCAAUUUCUUUCAACUUCAGUUGAUGGGUGUUUUGCCCAUCUUGCCCUUGCUCUUCCCUGUUAUGUGGGUGCUGUUGAAUGCCUUCGGAGAGGCCAGGGUCCUCGCGGAGUUCAGCCGCGCAACACCAGCUGGUCUGCUUGCUAAGUUCUCUGAGGACACUCUAAGCAGCUACACCGAAGUGGUUUCCUCCCAGGAGUUGCUGCGUUGUGUGUGGAGACACCUGCUUGGUGUCCUGAAGGGAGAGUCGCAGACACUCUGUUAUACUUCCAGCCUUUUACACACUCUAGGAUCUGUCACUGUGCUGUGUUGUGUGGACAAGCAGGGUAUCCUGUCAUGGCCUAACCCCAGUCCAGAGACUGUGCUGUUCUUCAGUGGACGAGUGGAGCCACCUCACAACAGCCAGGAUGAUCUUCGAGACGACUUGUCUGUCAGCUCCUACUGCCGAAUGGAGACAGAUGACGACAGGGAUGAGGCCCAGGAGGCGGAGGCUCUGCUCUGUCUACCAGCAGAACCCCGUCUGGGGGACGGGCCGGAGCCCAGUGAGACGUCCCAUGACACUGCUCGUUCGUCUGACACAUUCCGGCUGCGGCGCACCUGCCAGCCUGCACACACUCGCACCAAACACCACUCGGGAUCCAACGUGAGUUUCAGCCAUGACGUUGAGGGGGGCGAGGAUGACCAGGCUCAGGACUUUGCAAUGGGCUGCCCGGAGGCGGAGGCUGAUGACUUUGUGUGCGACUACCACCUGGAGAUGCUGAGCCUGUCGCAGGACCAGCAGAACCCAGCCAGCAUCCAGUUCGACGACCUCUCUUGGCAGUGCCACCUGCCGUCCCUCAAGCCGCUGGGCCUCAACAUCAUGCUGAACCUCUGCAACGCCAGCGUCACCCAGCAGCUCUGCCGCUUCUCUGACCACCUGUCCAACCUGGCUCUGCAAGAGAGCCAUGGCACCGUGCUGCCCGUCUGCGUCCCCUGGGGGCUCUGUGAGCUCUCCAGGCUCAUAGGGUUCACUCCUGGUGCGAGGGAGCUGUUUAAACAGGAGAACCACUUGGCUCUAUACCAACUGCCAUCUGGAGAAAAGACAAAGGAGUUCACUUCCCGCCGCCUUCAUUACUUCACCAAACGCCAGCCUCCCAUCUCCCACCUAAUCUCUCUGCUUGUUCGAGACUCUUCCUCCAAUAACGUCCAGAUGCUGUCGCACGGCUCGGCCGACCUUAUCCUGGAGUCCUGCACUGACUUCUGGGAUGGAACUGAUAUCUAUCCCCUCUCAGGCUCAGACAGAAAGAAGGUUCUGGACUUCUACCAGCGUGCCUGUCUGUCAGGUUACUGCUCUGCAUUUGCCUAUAAGCCCAUGCAGGUAUCCUUGUCCAGCCAACUGAAUGGGAAGUGUGUGGAGCUGACCUGUGGUCCCUGCCUCUUCUCUGGAGUGGAGCUGCCCUCCACCACCCCCAUCAAACACAACUCCUGCAGGAACAGCUGGAGCUCCGACGAGGGUAUAGGUGAGGGUGUGGAGCGCGACGACUGUGUUCAGGCCCUCAGUGGGCAGAUCUUCAUGGGCAUGGUAUCGUCCCAGUUCCAGGCGAGGCUGGACACCGUCCGGCUCAUCGAUGCCCUCGUCACCGCCUGUAUCCGGUUCGUUUACUUUUCCAUGGAGGACGAGCUCCGCAGCAAGGUUUUUGCAGAGAAGAUGGGUUUAGAGACAGGCUGGAACUGUCACAUCUCUUUGACUCCAAACGGAGACAGUCCUUGUGAUGGAGCUCCAUCCAGCCCCGGUCACGGCUCCCUGCAUGAAGAUUCCCGGGAUGAAGCCGAAGGCCCACUGCUGCCAGAGGAGGAAGCCCACUCUGACCUGGCCAGUUUCCAGCCCACAGACAGCGACGUGCCCAGCUUUCUGGAGGACUGCAACAGGGCCAAGCUACCUCGUGGCAUUCACCAGGUUCGUCCUCAUCUGAAGAACAUUGAUAAUGUGCCUCUUUUGGUGCCACUCUUCACUGACUGCACCCCUGACACCAUGUGUGAGAUGAUAAAGAUCAUGCAGGAGAACAGGGAGGUUACAUGCUGUCUGGGAAGCUCCGCCAAUUUCCGCAACAGCCGCCUGUUUCUACAGAGUAACCUCAGCAUCGCUCUGGACCCUCUGUACCCCUCUCAGUGUUCUUGGGAGACGUUCGGCUAUGCCACUGGAGGAGGAUUUAACGACCGAGACGCUGAAGGUCUGUCUCCUCUGAGGCUCUCCGGACAGCUCAACAGUCUGGGCUGCUCCGUCACCUUCCACCAAGGAGAGAGUGUCAGCAUGGUCAAGCUCAUAGAGCAGGCACGACACACAAUCUACGGCAUCCGCAAGUGCUUCCUGUUCCUGCUCCAGUGUCAGCUCAGUCUGGUCAUCAUCCAGUUCUUAGCCUGUCUAGCUCAACUUCCUCCUCCCAUGAACACCACUGACAUCCUCUGGCUGUCCUGCUUCACCUGCCCACUGCUAAGUGUGUCAUUUUUGGGGAAGCCACCAGACAGUUCAGUCAUGAACGUUGCAACAGGGAAGAACCUAGAUGCAAUUCCAAGGAAGACCCAGAACUCCUUCCUUGUCUGUUUCCUGUUGAAGUUUGGCCUGACAGCGUGUGCCUACCUGCUGGCCUUUGGGUUCACCCUGCAGGAGAUCUGCCUCAGGAGCAGCAACUCCACUUUAGCUGACAACAGCACUGUCAACUGCCUUUAUAUACUCUCAGCCAGCUCUUCGGUUGACUCUCCUCACUGGUACAGUGAGCUGUCCAAUGGCCUGCUGCUGACUCAGAAGGUCAUGACAGGGUUCCUUGUCUUACACACGGUGGUGAUCUCCCUCAGCUAUGUGCACCGCUCUCAACCUCUGUGGAGAAAGAGUCCCCUCAGCAAUACCUGGUGGUGUCUCACUGUUCCUGUGGUUCUGCUCAGUCAGGUUGUUCAGGCCACAGUGGAUUACCAGUUGUGGUGCGACCGGAGCAGCCUCCUGACCUUUAACCUGGGUGACAUACCCCUGCUGGCCUGGCUGCUGGUCUCUCUGUCCCCGCUUCUGGUGGUGGUGGUCAACGAAGUGGUGAAGCUACACGAGAUACGGGUGCGAGUUCGCUACCAGAAGAGACAGAAGCUGCAGUUUGAAACAAAGCUGGGGAUGAAUUCUCCCUUCUGAUGCGUUCCCUCUGAGGAAACUGGUGACGUGGCAAUACUGGGAACCAUUGGUUCUGGAACCAGGGUAGGGCAGGGUGCAAACCCUGCAGAACCCUUUGUUAACACUUCAACCCAACAGCACAGCAACCAUCAGCUGGAGCAGAUAUCAACCAGAUGUCACAGUGGGGGCUUUAUGACAACUGUUUAAGCUCCUGGGUCUGUUUUCUUCUAACAGUUGAAAACAGUCACCCAAUGAGACACAAAUAAAUCAGUUAUCUGAAGGACAGGGUAAAUUCCAAAGCAUUCAUUUCCAUUUAAUAGAAAAGAGCCAAAAAUAGGCAAAUAUUAAUUGUCUGGUUUUGUUCGUUUUAACGGCAUGAGGAAUGUUUUCUAAAGAGGUUUAUGCUUUCUCACGAACACUUCUGUUCUCCAUCUCUGAGAGACUCUCAU